GUGACGCACCACGAAGCGCUAACGAUAGUUGCAUUUCUAGCGUUGGUCGUUGAGUCCGUUUGUAUCAGUGAAAUUCUGUCCGAUUUGUCGAAUUAGCAAUUGACUCUAAAUGGGUGCGCAUUACUGUGCCAUUUGUCGACAUACAUCGUUCAACGGGAAGUCGCAUAUUUUCAGUAAAACCCACCAAAGCAAACUAAGAGUGGUCCUUCUGAAAUUCUUUGAAAAGGUGAAGGAAGCUCGUCGCACACUGAAAACACCCCUGGUGGAGACCUUCGACGUCACCCAGCACAUGGACAAGUUCUGGUGCUACUGCUGUCAACUAGAAGUAGAGCGAAACAUCACGGAUGGCAACAUGACAGUAAUAUGGGGAGGACUGUUGGAACAUAUGGCUAAGCCAGAUCACAGGAAAAACACUCAUAAAUUCUGGUGGGAAAACAAUGCCGAUCCCAAACUGAGAGACAGAGUGAUCUUCACUGAGGAGGAGAUUGAAAAGUUUAAAACGGAGGUGAGACGCGUACUGGAGAACUUCGAAGAGAAAGAGGACCACUUUGUCAAACAGCAAACUGAAAAAAUUCGUGUGCAGGAGAUGAAACGCCAAGAAAUGCUGCAGUCAUUCUCAGAGCAUGAGACAGAGGCUGACUUAUCCAACACACCCAAUGGCGCUGUUAAACAACCGAAAGGCGUCGGCAGGUGUCAGUCUAUGUCUCAGGGACCACACCAGCAGUUGGAACACUUUGAGGACUCUGAGGUCGUGUGGUCUUCAGCGGAGCAUGGGUUGACGUUCAUCGGUCAUCAGGACUCCACGACAGGAAAUGUUCACACGGGUGCCGUCCCACCCUGGCUUCAGGAUGAUCCACAAGAAGGAACAUCUGCUUCUUCAGCACAAGCUGAGAUCGGUCCGUCUGUUCAAGGAUUCAUCAAACAGAGGGAACUUGAAAAGUCAAAGAAACUCCCACCAAACCGAGUCGGCGCCAACUUUGAUCACAGCUCAAACACAGACGCCAACUGGCUUCCAUCUUUCGGGCGUGUGUGGAACAGUGGCCGGCGCUGGCAGUCCAGGCAUCAAUUCAGACAAGAAGAAGGCCAGAAAAGAAAGAGGAAGAGGAGUGGCACCCAGGGAUCAAAGAAGCAGUACUGAAAAGUGUGAAGUGAAGGUGGAAUGGCUACUGAACGUCUCCCUCCUUGGUGUAUUCAUGCACUCCUACUUCCACCUUUUAUUUCCUAUGGCAGUGUUUUUCAAAGAUAAUGUCGGCAUAAGUUUUGUGUAUAUAAUAAACUGAACACCAGGUGUCGCUAUUCACUCAACGAUACAUGACAAUAAAAAUCUCAUGUAAGUGUUGUCUUUUUCGGUCGGUGAUUUUUAAAUAUUUUGUAAAUUGUUUUAUUGAACCUUUUUCCCACCUCGUUGCACGUCAAUCAAGCUUGUAAUUACCGAUAAUGUCAACGAUCAUUCUUUGAUUAUUAUUUCUUUUGUGCUCCCGUAAAAUUUUUUUCAGCUUUCUAUGGCUUUAUUGAGGUGAUCUUAGAAACUACAACGUACUUGCGAAAGG